AUGAGCACAGCUAAGCCCACGGGGAUCAAAGCGCCCAGCAAGAUAACUAAAUCUGGGACAGGAGCCCCCAAGACCAACCCCAGCACAGCAGGAGCUAAAGGUGCGUCAGACAAAUCAGCUGCAAGUGCCAGCGGAGGAGAUGACCAGAGCGGCGGCGAGAACUUCCAGGUUGGGGAUCGAGUAUGGGUGAAUGGGAAUAAGCCCGGCUACAUCCAGUUUUUGGGAGAGACACAGUUUGCCCCGGGGCAAUGGGCAGGGAUUGUACUCGAUGAGGCGAUUGGGAAAAAUGACGGGUCGGUGGCAGGGGUGCGGUACUUCCAGUGUGAAGCACUACGAGGAAUAUUCACACGUCCAUCCAAGUUGUCUCUCACUGAAGGGGAGGCUAAUGGAACUCAGACAGCACCACCCUCCCGUGCUUCAUCUCCCACUCCGUCGGUUGGUAGUGUGGCCUCACAUACACCUGCCACCAAAUCAGCAUUACCCACUACAACUGCAACCAAGAAGGCCUCUGCCGCCACACCGGCUACACCGGCUACACCGGCUACACCAUCCUCCAACCUCGCACGCACAAACAGUGAAUCUGUGUCCAACCUCUCUGAGACUGGAUCAGUGAAGAAGGGGGAACGGGAACUGAAGAUGGGCGAUAGAGUACUGGUUGGUGGUACAAAGGCAGGAGUCGUACGUUUCCUUGGAGAAACAGAUUUUGCAAAAGGCGAGUGGUGCGGAGUGGAGUUGGAUGAGCCCUUAGGAAAGAAUGAUGGGGCAGUUGCAGGCACAAGAUAUUUCCAGUGCCAGCCCAGGUAUGGCUUAUUUGCUCCUGUGCACAAAGUCACACGCAUUGGCUUCCCUUCCACCACACCAGCCAAAGCAAAAACAACAGUACGGAAAGUGGUGGCCACACCGACGGGGCUAAAGCGCAGCCCUAGUGCCUCCUCCAUCAGUACCAUGAGCUCUGUGACAUCAUCAGUCAGCGCAAAGCCCAGUCGCACAGGCCUGUUAACAGAGACAUCGUCACGCUACAAUCGUAAGAUUUCGGGCACCACGGCCCUGCAAGAGGCUCUGAAGGAGAAGCAGCAGCACAUUGAGCAGCUGAUGGCUGAGAGGGACAUGGAAAGAGCAGAGGUUGCCAAGGCGACCAGCCAUGCCGGAGAGAUGGAGCAAGAAAUCGGCCUUCUCAGAGUCGAUCAGGAGCAGAUGGAGGCUAAGAUGGACCAGUUACGUGCCUUGGUAGAAGCUGCAGACAAAGACAAAGUGGAGCUGGUGAAUCAGCUGGAGGAGGAGCGUAGGAAGGUGGAGGACCUUCAGUUCCGCGUAGAGGAAGCUUGCAUUACCAAAGGAGACCUGGAGACGCAGACCAGACUGGAGCAUGUCCACAUUAAGGAGCUUGAACAGAGCCUGCUCUUUGAAAAGACCAAAGCUGAGAAACUCCAAAGAGAGUUAGAAGACACUAGGGUUGCAACAGUGUCAGAAAAAUCCCGCAUUAUGGAGCUUGAGAGGGACCUUACACUGCGAAAAAGAGAAGUAGCUGACCUGCAGCUGCGUCUCGGCACCCAGCAGGGCUCUGAAGACUCAAACGCGGCUCUGUCUCCCCUUCUGGAAGAGAUCACCUCUCUGAGGGAUCAGCUGGCUUCCCAAGAAGUCAAGCAGCAAGAAGAGCUGGCUAAAUAUAAGGAGAAGCUAGAAGGUCAAGAAAAGAGCCACGCUGAGGCUGUCGCCCAAAUUCAGGCUACAUCUGUAAAGAUCUCUGGUGAUAAGGAGCAGCUGCAGAUGCAGUUAAGUCAAGCUGAGAAGGAGAAUGCUGAAAGUAUUGAUCAGUGGCGGUCCAAGUUGGAGUCUGCUGUCGCCUCUCACCAGCAAGCCAUGGAGGAGCUGAAGUUGUCUUUCAGCAAAGGUGCAGGAGCUCAGGCAGAAGAACUUGUAGAAACUAAGAGUGCUCUAGAGAAGCUGAAGUUAGAACACCAGUUGGCUCUAGACGAGGCUGGAUCUAAACAUCAAGCUAGUGCUGCUGCUUGGACUCAGGAGAAGCAGGCGCUGAAGGCACAGCUGCUGUCUUUGACUGAGGACAAGGAGCGACUGGAGGACUCACUGCGGUCCAGCGUGGACAAAACCGAAGAGCAGCACCUUGUGGAGAUGGAGGAUGUUCUCGGGAAGCUUCAUGCUGCUGAAAUUAGGGUUAAGGAGCUUGAGGAGAAAGAAGCGAAAUCAGCGCAGGAGGCCCAAGAUAAGGAGAAAGAAACCAAAGAGCAGAUUGCAGAAAUGGUGGCUCUGCGCAGUCAGGUAGCACAAGGUAACCAGGAGGUUGAGACCCUGAAGAGUCAGUUAGGGGCGGUUCAGAGCCAGGGAACCAACCAGGAUGCAAAGGUGAGUGAAUUGAGCUCUCAGCUGGAGAGCAGACAGCAGGAAGCGCUCUCUUUACAGAAGAGUCUGACCACCACCCAGCAGGAGAAGGACUCCCUGGAACAGGAGCUCGGAGGCUUGAAACAAAAGCUGACUGAAAGCACAGAGCAGCAGACUAGUUCAUCUAAAACUAUGCAAGAAACACUUGAGAAGCUCAGUAAGAAAGAGGAGCAGUGCACAUCCCUGACCACAGAAUCCGAGUCUCUCAGGAGUCAACUUUCUGGGCUGGAAAGGAAACUGAAGGCCGCAGAUGAAAAGCUUGAGCAGCUAUCAAAGGACAAAAGCAAGCUGGAAAAUGACAUUUCAGACAUGAUGAAGGCAACUGGUGAUAGUUCAGUACAGCUGACCAAAAUGAAUGAAGACCUCAAGCUGAAAGAAAGGAGGCUUGAGGAGUUACAGAGUCAACUGUCAGAGGAGAAGGAGAACGUGGCACGCUUGGAUGAACAACUCCAGCAGGAACAAUCUCGCAAGGAGCAGGAGCUGAAAGACAUCAGAGAAACUCAGUCUGAAAGAAGCAGCCUUCAGGAGAAGAUCACAAACUUGGAGAAUACUGUUAAACAGAGUAAGACUCAGGUUGAGGAGCUUAAGGCCUCACACCAGAAAGCGACCUCUGAAGCCUCCGAGCUCCACGUGAAGGAACUUGACGUGCUGAAUGGUCAGGUUGACAAGUUGAAGCAGGAGCUCACCUCCUCAAAGAACAAAACCCAGGAGCUGGAGAAGUCGGUGUCUGAGCUUCAGACAUAUAAGGAAAAAGCUCAGUGUCUUUCUGCUGAGCUUGACUCCUCCAAGCAUGACGUUGAACAUUUGCGCAAAAAACUGGAAAACCAGAGUCUAGAUCUGGAAAAAAGGUGUAAGGAGAUUGAGGAUGUUAAGGCAGAGAAAGACAAUGUGAAGAAACAGCUCUCAGAUUUGCAAACGAAGCUCUCUGCCCUCGAGAAAAGUCACCAGGAGCUUUCAGUCCGAAAUGAAGAACUCAUAUUAACCAGAGAUAAGCUAUCCAAAACUCAGGAGGAACUACUCGCCGACAAAAAGCGGUCAGAUGAAGAAAAGGUUUCUUUGGACAAGGAGCUUGAGAAGCUCAAAAGUUGUCUUCAGGAGGUGCAGACUGAAAACAAAAAACUGAAACAUGUUGAAGGUGAACACCAGGCCCAGAUUGAGGAGCUUCAAAGCAAAAAUGCAAAGAUUGAAGACUCGCUGCUAAAGCAUCAACAGGACAUCAAGCAAAUUGAGGCUAAAAAUAAGCAACUCCUUGAGGACUAUGAAGAUUCCUGCAAAGAGAGGAGCCGCCUUGAAGAAGAUCUCAAUGAAAGCAAGUCGAAGCUCACGUGUGAGAAGGACAAUCUCAUUUUAGAGAGAGAUUCUGCCAGAAAUGCAAAGAAAUCUCUUGAUGCAAAGAAUGCUAAGUUGCAGGAAAAGAUUAAAUCCUUGAACUUAGAAAAAGAAGAUCUCACGAUGAAGAAUACCCAGCUGCAGGCUCUCACAGAAACACUGACUAAAGAGAAGUCAGAGAUGUCCAAUGAAAUCAGUGCUGCUGCGUCGGAUAUAAAGAGCCUGGAGACCCUGAAGGAGGAACUCCAAAACAAGGUCAGUGCCACAAAGAAAGAUUUGGAGAGCUCCGCCCGUGAAUGUGAAGAACUCAAAGCCUCAAAAAUGAGCUUGACCCAGAUGCUGGAGGAGUUCAAGACAAGCAGCCAGGUGACUGACUCUGAGAGGCUUCACCUUCUGCAGGAGAAAGAGAACCUACUUGCAAUCCAGAGAAAAGUCUGCAUUGAGAAGGAAGAGCUCCUCAGUGAGGUAAAAGACAUAAAAGAGAAGCUACAAGCCACAACACAACAGUUGUCUCAGUCCAAUGAGAAAUUUAAAGAAGCACUUUCAUCUUUCGAAGAAGAGAAGAAGACUUUUCAGCAGCAGAAUUCUCAAACGGAGAUGGCUCUUCAUGCUGUGAGAAAAGAAAAGAUGAGCUUGGAUUCAGCACUAGAGCAGCAGAAGAUGGAUUACGAGCGUUUGGCAGGAGAGAAGGCAGAACUAGAAGAGAAGCACACAAAAAUCAUAUCUGAAAAAACUGCUCUUUCUCUCGAGCGGGAUAAACUAGCUAGUGAUAUCCGAAACACCAAGGACCAGUUGGACAGUUUCUCCAAAGCGAACGCUGUCUGUAAUCAAGAACAGUCUAAUUUAACAACAAUGCUGGAAGAGUCAAAACGACAACAAGAAGAGGUGGAAGCAGCGAUCACGUCUUUGAAGCAAGAAAAAAGGGACCUACAAAAUGAACUGCAGAAACAAAAAUCGAAUAUUGACAUUCUUGAAAAAGACAAAACUGACCUGGUUCAAGAGCAGACAAAACUGAAAAAGGAUUAUGAGAAGUCUCAUUCAGAAUUUGUUCAACAGGUUGAAAACCUCACAAACGAUUGUCAACGUCUGCAAACACUGCAGACUGAAGCCGAACAGAAAGUUCAGUCGUCGCAGAAAGAGAACCAGACACUGCUGCAGGAGAUCCAGGAGUUAAAAAGUCAGACUGAAUCAGUGUCAGAGGCCAAGGUCCUUCUGGAGACCCAGUUAAAGGCUGAGUCUGGUGAAAGGAGUAAAGUGAUGUCUGACAAGGAUGGUCUUUCCAAACUAACUGAAGAGCUGCAGAAAAAGUUGUCCAAUGUCACGCAAGAAAACAAAGAGAUCUCGUCCAACCUGAAGAAUGUUGAUGAGCAGAAGAAGUCUCUGGUGGCCGAUAUGGAGGCAUUGAAAACACAACUAAAGCAGCAAGAAGAAGACGGUCGUCAGAUGACAGUAGAUAAAGAACAGCUGCUGUCGAAGCUCGAGGAGAUGGGCAAACAGAUGAGCUCCCUGACCGCAGAGAAGAAGGACCUCUUAGCCGGAAGAUGUAAAUUGGAGCAAGACAUUUCCUCUAUUCACCAAAAUGAAGAAAGCUGGCUCUCCGAACGCUCUAGACUCCUAGGAGAGAUAGAAAAGUUGCAUGCUAGCCAGAAACAACUAGAGGCUGACGUCAACCGAUACAAGGAUGAGUUUGCAGAGCAGCACAACAAUAAUGCAGAACUUCAUGCAAAGAGAGACGUCUGCGAGACGGAGAGAAAUGAAGCCAUCCAGCAAGUUGGGCAGCUCGAAUCCAAACUAAAAAAUGCCAUUUCUAUGCAGCUUGAGGCGGUAGAGGCCUCUGGCAAGACUGCUGAGGCUCUCGAACAGCUGACAAAAGAGAAAUCCAGUUUGAUGCAGGAGAAGAACAAAGCUGAGUCGAUGCUAAAGGAGCUGAGGAGCUCUAAGCAGGAGGUGGAGACUCAGCUCAAACAACUGAAGGAAGAGAAUUCAAAGUACCAAGAAGAUCUGAAUGUAUCGAAAGAGCAGCUUUGCACCGAAACUCAGAGGACAAAGAGUCUGUGCCAGGAGAUCGAGGAGCUCAAAGAAGCCGUUUCUGUGAAGACACAGUCCCUGCAGUCGCUGCAAGACGACAACAGCAAGCUGAUGCAGGAAGUGGACAGCAAACACAAAGGCCAGAGUGAUGUCAUCAAGCUCAAAGAUGAGCACUCCAAACUCAAGAAACAGCUGAAAGAGAUGAAGCAAAGCCUGCCACAUAACGCCUUCAGUGAGAGCACCUUGAAGGAGAAGUUUGACAAGGAGAAAGGCGCCCUCCAACAGUCCAUCAAUAAAAACAGUGCCUUAGUAUCAGAGAAGGACCAGCAGGUGGAAAACCUGAAGAGUGAGCUGGCUGUACUGCGAGGGGAAAGUGCCUCCGUUAAAACUCUGCAGGGUACAAUCCAGGCCUUGGAGCAGGACAAGGCUAAUCUACAGGAGCGAGUCCAGAGACUGGAGAAGGACCUGAAAUCAGGCCCUGAAAACACUAACAAGUCCUCAGGUGAUGCAGUUUUGGACCAACUAAGGGAAGAUAAAGAGACUGCAGAGAGUCAGGCAGCGAUUGAGUUCCUGAAUUCAGUCAUCGUCGAUCUCCAGAGAAAGAACCAGAAGAAGGAAAAACUGGAGAAAAUGGCUGAAGCUGCUCUCAACGGCAAUAAUCCAAGUGAGCUGGACAACUACGAUAGCCAUGACAAAGAACCUGUGAAGAAGAAGCUUCCCCCGAGGCUGUUCUGCGACAUCUGCGACUGUUUCGACCUCCAUGACACCGAGGACUGUCCCACACAGACGCAGAUGCCCGACUCCCCCGAACACAGCACCUUCCACGGCACCAAGGGCGAAGAACGGCCCUACUGCGACAUCUGUGAGGUCUUCGGCCACUGGACCGACUCGUGCAACGACGACCAGACCUUCUGAAGCCCUUUCCCCCCCCCCCCUCCCCACCCUCGCUCGCACAAUCAAUAUAUUUGCACAUCGUCUUCCAUCAUGCAGUGCUUUUUGGGGGUUUUUACGUGUGUGUUUGGUGUGCUUGUUUUUGCCAAGCGUCAUUAUCGUCCACGCCAGUCCUUAAGCGCUCUUACAGGAAAACAGUCACAUUACAAUCUCUUUUCAGUCAUCCAAUACAAAUAACACACAGCUGUGAGCGCUCUGUAUGCGUUAUUGUACAAUACUUGAGAAGAGAAAUGUUUGAUAUCCUGGUUUUGUGUGAGUGAUGACUUACUGUUGGUGGGUGCACAUCGUGGGAGAAGCGGCCGUCUGUUUCAGAUCUUUUAAUUUAUCAGAACCCCGACAUUGUUUGCAUAGCUUGUUGGGGGAAUUGCAAAGAAAAUAAAGUAUCAUACAAGGUGUUUAUUUCAAACUGUAAAUGAUUGAGUGGAAAACAAAUGUCAGUUCGCGCAACAAAAAAGGUGAGCCAUAGUUUAUUUUUUUAAGCCUGGAAAUAUUAUGUACUCUUUGAAGCUUUGAUAGGAUGUGUGUCUUUUUGUGAAUGUUCAAGGGGAGAGAAACACAGGGCUAUGUGGCUUUAAGAGGAACUUUUUUUAUGGUCUCUCUAUGAAGGAAGUGCUGGAUGAUCGGGGGGGAGAAUUUGAGCACUUGACACUUCCUGUAACCCCUCAGUUUCCAGUUAAAGGGCCUUUCCUAAAAGUUUCUUUGCGAUGAAAGACAAUUUGUGUAAGAAACGGUUGAAUACUACGGCAUUUCUUCAAAACGUUUUGAAUAUCUGUAAAGAAAUAAAGGAAUUUAUGUAUAAAUUAAAUCAAAUCUC